UCAUGGCUGUAAUGUAUGCAUAUGUGGUUUCUGUUAUGUGAAGAUUAAUUGCAUAUAUCAACUUGACUGAGCUGUUGAUACCCAGAUAGCUUGUUAAACAUUAGCUUGGGGUGUGGCUGAGAUAGUAUUUCUAAAAGAUUAGCACUUAUACUGGCAGGCUGAGCAAGGCAGAUGACCCUCCCCAGUGUGAGCAGUAUCCAGUCCUUCGAGGGCUUGGAUAGAAUACAAAGGUGGAAGAAGGUCGAAUUUGCUUUCUGCCUGACUACUUGAGGUGGGACACAGAUCUCCUGCACUCCUCACUCCUGAUCUCCAGGCCUCCAGACCUGAACCGGAGUCUACACCAUCAGCUCUCCAGCUCUCAGGACUUUGAACUACACCUUCAGCUUUCCCGGGUUUCCAGCUUGCAAAUAACAGACUGUGGGACUUCUCAGUCUCCAUAAUUGUCAGUCGCUGGACUUCAGCAUGAAGAUUGCACAGUUGCUCAUCUCUAUGGCAGUUUUGGUUUCCUGUGUCUUAAACGCCAGCUCCCUGGAUACUUUUAUUGCAGCUGUUUAUGAGCAUGCCAUUACAUUGCCUAAUGCCACCCUAACACCAGUGUCUCGGGAAGAAGCGUUGGUUCUAAUGAAUCGUAAUCUGGAUCUUUUGGAAGUUGCCAUCACAUCGGCAGCAAAACAGGGCGCACAUAUUAUUGUGACUCCAGAAGAUGCUAUUUAUGGCUGGAACUUUACCAGGGAAACUCUCUACCCAUACUUGGAGGAUAUCCCGGAUCCUCAAGUUAACUGGAUCCCCUGCAAUGAUCCUAACAGGUUUGGGCAUGCCCCAGUACAAGAAAGACUCAGCUGCUUGGCUAAGAGCAAUUCCAUCUACGUUGUGGCAAAUAUUGGAGACAAGAAGCCAUGCAACACCAGUGACUCUGAGUGUCCCCACGAUGGCCGCUACCAAUACAACACUGACGUGGUGUUCGAUUCUCAGGGACAACUGGUAGCACGGUACCAUAAGCAAAACCUAUUCAUGGGUGAAGAGCAAUUCAAUAAACCCAAGGAGCCUGAGGUGGUGACUUUCAACACCUCCUUUGGAAGGUUUGGCAUUUUCACUUGCUUUGAUAUACUUUUCCACGAUCCUGCUGUCGCCCUGGUGAAAGACUUCCUCGUGGACACCAUCCUCUUCCCAACAGCUUGGAUGAAUGUUUUGCCACAUUUGUCAGCUAUUGAAUUCCACUCAGCUUGGGCUAUGGGCAUGGGGGUCAAUUUCCUUGCAUCCAAUAUACAUUACCCUUCAAAGAAAAUGACAGGAAGUGGCAUCUAUGCACCUGGUUCUCCAAGAGUAUUUCAUUAUGAUAUGAAGACAGAGGAGGGAAAACUCCUUCUCUCACAACUGGAUUCCCACCCACCCCAGCCUACAGCAGUUAACUGGACUUCUUAUGCUAGUAGUAUAGACGCAGUAACGAUGGGAAACCAAGAAUUUAAAGGCAUUAUUUUUUUUGAUGAAUUUACCUUCGUGAAGCUCACAGAAGUCACUGGAAAUUACACGGUUUGUCAGAAAGACCUAUGCUGUCAUCUGAGCUACGAGAUGUCUGAGAAGAGGUCAGAUGAAGUUUAUGUCCUCGGGGCAUUUGAUGGACUGCACACUGUGGAAGGGCAUUAUUAUCUCCAGAUUUGUACUCUGCUGAAGUGUAAAACAACAGACUUAAACACUUGUGGGGACUCAGUUGAAACGGCUUCCACCCGGUUUGAAAUGUUCUCCCUCAGUGGCACUUUCAGAACCCAGUAUGUUUUUCCAGAGGUAUUGCUGAGUGAAAUUCAGCUUGCACCUGGGGAAUUUCAGGUAUCCAGUGAUGGUCGCUUGCUUAGCCUGAAGCCAACAUCCAGACCUCUUUUAACAGUAACCUUGUUUGGGAGGUUGUAUGGGAAGGAUGGGUCAUCAAAUGCCCCAUCAAUGCUCGUAGCACAAACGUUACAAAUAAUGCUCAUCAUUGCAACAUCUAUUGUGUACUUUUUAUGUUGGUAGAUUAUUUACAUUUUUCUUUUUUAUUUGAGAUAA